AUGGAGGUUAAUAGUGGCUCGAAUGCAUCUUUCUGGUUUGAUAGAUGGUCGUCUCUGGGGACAUUAAUAGAGUUAACUGGUGAGAGGGGGACUGCGGAUCUUGGUAUUCCUAUUAAUAGUACAGUGGAGAAUGCAAUACAGUUAUACCGGUCAAAGAGACAUCGAGUUACUACCCUGCAGCAGAUAGAUCAAGAAGUGCUGUCUCUAAGAAACAGGGGGCUAACAACGCAGGAUGAUGUGUGCCUUUGGAAGCGAGUAAAUGGGGAGUUCAGGGAGGGUUUCUCCACGUCGCAAACUUGGGACAUCAUUAGAGAAAAGUCGCCGGAGGUAACCUGGUCUAAAGGAGUUUGGUUUAAUGGGGCCACUCCAAAGUUCUCUUUUCUUAUCUGGGUUGCUGUCCAUAAUAGACUAGCAACAGGGGAUAGGAUUUUGCGUUGGAAUCCUCAGGCUAUGACUACUUGCUGGUUCUGUAAAGCGGCUUUUGAAACAAGAGACCAUUUGUUUUUUGAGUGUGAUUACUCUAAAGAAGUAUGGUUGGAGACUAUAAAGAACUUAGCAGGUAGCAGGCGUAUAUAUAAGUGGUUGGAGGUAGUACGGGCAGUGGUUAAUGGGUUUCAAGGAAGGCUUGUAACUUUCCUGUUCCGUUAUUGUUUCCAAGCAGUGGCGUAUGCAGUAUGGAAUGAAAGAAACCUGAGAAGAUUAGGUAUUUCUUCUCUGCCUGCUUCUUGUCUAAUAGCCAGAUUAGAUAAGUUGAUCAGGAAUAGGAUUACUUCUUUGAGAAGAAGAAAGGGAGGGAAAUUUGACAAAGCAAUGGAGCUGUGGUUUGAUAGGAGUUAA